AUGAAGGUUCCAUGGCCAGCGGCGUUCGAGGAUGGAGACGUGCGGCUUUUCCUGGAGGAUGUGGCAGAGCUGGUCGGAAUACGGACGGACCGCGGAAAGUUGAUGGCCCUCCGAGUGCUUCUCAGGGGCCGUGCACGGGCAGUAUUGGAGGUAGCACGAAGACACCCGGAGAAAAUCGAGUGGGCCGUCGCACAGGACGCCUUGAUUGCGGGUUUUGACACCCCGGCUGACCGCCAGGAGGCAUUUCGGCGCUUCAAGAAGGCGCAGCUCGGAGUUGGUGCGGACCCACUUUUGCAUGCCGUGACCCUGUGCGGCCUAUUGAAUCGCGCACUACCGAUAUUGGAUGAAAAUGCGGGCUCGGAACUACUCCUCGACCGUUUCACAGAGAGCCUCCCGGAAUACAUACGCGACAAAGUGAGACUCAUCAAUGUGGCGCGUACCAUAGAUGUAAUGAUGCUAGCCGAAGUUGUGAGGCAGUUCACCGAUCAGGAAGUUGCUACGGUACGAACGCAUGAAGUCUAUAAUGAUGAGCUACCGGAAGCGGUGAAGGCCACAUUGGAUAGACUGACAGAGUAG